AUGAAGAUGGACAACAACCUUCUCACGGCAAUGGUGGAAAGAUGGAGAAAAGAAACGCACACAUUCCACCUCCUAGGGGGAGAGAUGACGAUUACGUUGAAGGAUGUAGCCAUGCUGACAGAGCUUCCAAUCGAUGGUGAUGCAAUAAUAGAAAGUUCACAGAAACCAUUGAAUGGCUGGGGCCAAUUUAUAAGCGAGCGUUUAGGUAUCAACAUCCCCGAGGAAGCACCAGAAGGUCGUCGUAUACCACCUCUACACAAGUCUAUGCUAUUGAUACCUUGGCUAGUGAGGACCGCUGGAGAAUUACCGGAGGAUGCCACGGAUACUCAGAUAGAGAGGUAUGCUCGCAUCUACCUGAUUUGUUUGGUUGGAGGAUUUUUUUUUUCCGAAUAA